AUCCGAGGAACCGUUACUUGCUUCAUCUUGGAAUGGAUGCUAGGCAAGAAGAGAGACAGGAUUUGGCUGAUGAUGUUGGUUCGGUUCCCGCGAUUCGGGCUGUCGGGAAUGUUGAUGUUGUUGGUAAGGCUGAUUGGAUUACAUACUUGGGAUCUUCUAAUGUUGCUAUUGCUCUACGUGCUGCUGCCAUUAUGCUUAAAUUGGAUAGUGGGUGGAGUUGGUUUAUUACUUUGAGUGCUCGUGAUUAUCCUCUUAUUACACAGGAUGAUCUAUCCCACGUAUUCUCCUCCGUAAGUAGAGACCUCAAUUUCAUAGAUCACACCAGUGACCUUGGAUGGAAAGAGAGUGAUAGAUUCCAACCUAUUGUAGUUGACCCGGGAACAUAUUUAGCUAGGAGAAGUCAAAUAUUUCAAGCUACAGAGAAGAGGACAACACCCGAUGCAUUCAAACUCUUCACUGGUUCACCGUGGGUCACCUUGAGCCGACCUUUUCUAGAGUUCUGCAUUUUUGGUUGGGAUAAUUUACCACGAACGCUACUGAUGUAUUUUACGAAUGUUAAGUUAUCUCAAGAAGGCUACUUUCACUCGGUCAUUUGCAACGCACCGGAAUUUAAGAAUACGACAGUAAAUGGUGACUUACGAUGCAUGAUAUGGGACAAUCCUCCGAAGAUGGAACCUCUCUUCCUUAAUACAUUGGUUUAUGAUAUGAUGGCAGAAAGCGGAGCAGCUUUUGCAAGACAGUUCCAGGCCAAUAACCCUGUUCUGGAUUUGAUAGACAAAAAAAUUCUGCGACGCGGUCGGAAUCGAGCCGCCCCAGGGGCAUGGUGCUCAGGACGGGGAAGCUGGUGGGUGGAUCCAUGUUCCCAGUGGGGCGAUGUCGAUAUUCUGAAGCCAGGUCCUCAGGCUAAGAAGCUAGAGGCGUCUGUUUCUAGUCUUCUUGAUGACUGGACGUCACAGACGAAUCAGUGCCAGUAAUCAUAUAAUAGACACUAAGAAUAGAAACCAUUGUAGGAAGCUGUGCGGGUCUAUCUUAUCGCACUGACCAGUAGAAGUUGCCAUUUUAUUUUUGAAGGAAGAAAAAGAAAACACAUUCUUCGGUUGCGAAAGGUUAAUAUCAAUCUUGAAAAAGGAUGGACUCUGUGUAUAAGAAAUCAAGAGUUGAGAGACGGAAAGAGGAAAUGCGUUUUGGCUGGGAUUUUUUGGAGGCUUUGAUAUUUAUGUUGGAUCCUCCGAUGAUCUUCUUGCUUUCUAUUGAUAAUGUUGUAUGUUCUAUAAUGUUUUCUCAUCUCGACGAUUCGAGCAGGAUAGCAGCUAGCUUAUUCUUUUUGGAUUAUGAAUAUGAUUGUCAUUUUCCAGUCUCUAAUCCAUAUAUUUCCAUUA